AUGACUGCCCGCGUCAAAACGUGCGAGACCUGCGCUACAGGCAAGAUCCGCUGCUUGCGGUCGCCUGGGGCCGCCAUCUGCGACCGCUGCGCCAGACUGAAUAAACCGUGCUACUUCCGGCCCUCCCGAGUGCGGCAGACUGCGCCUAAAAAAGAGACGCGCCUCGAGUCUCUGGAGAGAAGAAUAGACCGGCUGCUGGGACAGCCAUCGCAAAGUCAUGCCUCUCCUGAGGAAACUACCGGAGAUGCCAUUGGCAAGGACAUCCUCUCGCUGGACGACGCUGCGGCCUUGCUUGACUACUACCUGCAGUACAUGAUGCCGCACUUCCCCUUCGUUGCUCUCCCUGAGCGAACGACAGUCGGAGAGCUCCGCGAGCAGAAACCGUUCCUGUUCCUGGCCAUUCUGUCCGUAUCUGUGAUGGACGAUCGGGCCCUGAAGCGAGCCCUAGACGACGAGGUGAAGACUGCCACGGCCGAGAGAACGGUGCUGCUGGACAAGCCGGCAUCUCUGGAAACAGUGCAGGGUCUCCUAGUCGUCCUCGCAUGGUCCCAGCACCAGGCCUCACGGCGAAGUGGCCCGCAGAAUUUCUCCACGUACCUCCACCUCGCCAUCGGGGUCGUGGUCGACCUGGAGCUUGAUCGCCCGGUUGAAGUGCGUAAAUCAACUGCCCGCAUGAACGUCCACGAAACACGCAGCGAGCCACGUCCUCCUGCUGUGUUGAAAGCCGAAAAGAGGGCUGUUCUUGGGUGUUCUCUUCUCUCUUCAUGUUUCGGGAUCAUCACGCAGAGAAAGGUCACUCUGCCGUGGAAUGCCCAUAUGGAACGCUUCGCUAUUGAGCUGGCGCAGGAUCCAGACCACGACAGUGACCAGGCCAUCAUGCACCUGGUCCGCCUGCAGCACAUCUUCGAGGAGAUGGACAAGAUAUCCACAGAACCAGACUCGCUGGACACGAGCAUGUCUGGCCCAGCCUUCCAGCGCACAUUCAGAACCUUCAAAUCACAACUGCAGGACUAUGCAAACCAAGUUUCCCAGCAAGUAGCAGGCAGCAACUUCCUCCUCUCAUCCCAACUCCACACCGUCAGUCUCUAUCUCUGCCAAGUCAGCCUCUUCGACAGAAUGCCCACCUCCUCCCAGCUCCCCUCAACCUUCCGCGCAGAGAUCCUCGGCCACGGCCUGAUCGCCGCAAAAGCCUUCUUCGAUUCCCUCACCCUGCUGCCCAUGGGCACAGAGCGCCGCAUGAGCUACUCCGAAUGGCUCCAGUCCGGCUUCAGCCUGAUCCUCGCCUGCAAACUAUCACUCAUGGCCGUCUCCGAUGAAACCCUUCGCGCCAACCACCCACAAAUCCAGUCCCUCUGCAAUGAUCUGGACAUGCCCCAGGUGCUGCGGAUGUGCGUCGUGCGUCAGCAGUCACAGCAGUCGCGCUCAGAGGCCUGCAGGACCGGAUUCGAUUACACGGGGUGGCUGCAGUACGUCGAGGAGUGGUUUGGACGGCAUUACCACGGAUACACCUCUCGACAGGGGGCAGGUUCUGUUGACGCGGCGUCUGAAGUACCUGAUACAAGCGCUGCAUCCCGAACUGGUCCUGGAACUGUCGCCGGCAUCCCUGCACCAGCAAAUCCUAAUACCAUCCCCGUUAAUUACCCGCCACCGGCGCCAGCGCCAGCGCCAUUCGGCAUGAACGAUGUGUCCAGUGGGCUGGAUCUUCCCGUGACAGACGAUAUGCUGCCCUGGACUUCGUUUCCGGAGCUUAUGAUUGCUGAGAAUCCGCUGUUCGGAUGGAUGGAUCUCGGUCUUAUGCCCAUGUAA